ACAAAAACAAACGUUUCUCGGCUCCAAAAAAUCCAAAUUUACCUUAAAAAUGUCUGACGAAGAGUCAAAUCCCGCCAAACGCCCUGCUUCCGAGGACGAAAACGACAGCGACGAAGCAAUUGGUCCUUCAAUAACUGAUGCUGCUCCUGCUAAAAAACAAAAAGUUCUCGAAUACGAGAGUCUUUACCUUUCCAACCUCCCGAACACGGAUUGCUACGAAAAAAGUUACAUGCAUCGCGACAUCGUCUCCAACAUUGUCGUGACAAAGACAGAUUUUCUCAUUACCGGCUCCGUUGACGGUCACGUCAAGUUCUGGAAAAAGCAGGAAGAGGGAAUUGAGUUUGUGAAGCAUUUCAGAAGUCAUUUGGGAGGUGUCGUCUCGCUUUCUGCCAACUCCAAUGGGACUUAUUUGUGUUCCGCCAGCAACGAUAAGAGCUUAAAAAUUUUCGAUGUCAUCAAUUUCGACAUGAUCAACAUGAUAAAAUUGGAUUUUGUGCCACUUACGACAGAAUGGGUCCAUUCUCCGGGCGACGCGAUAUCAACGUUGGCAGUUUCGGACCAAGAUUCGAACCGAAUUUGUAUUUUUGAUGCCCAAGGUACGAAUGUGCCGCUUCAUGUGCUUGACAAAUUCCACAAUAAGCCCGUGAAUGUCAUGCGGUACAAUUUGGCGUUCGAAACUGUCGUUUCUGUGGACAAAGCAGGCAUUCUCGAGUAUUGGCAGAGUCCCAAACACGAAUAUCGCUUUCCAAAAAGUGUUUCUUUUGACUCGAAAUUGGAUACGAGUCUCUUUGAAUUUGCAAAAAAUAAAACGAUUGUCACGGGAUUGGAUUUUUCGCCCGACGGGAAGCGUUUUGCGACAAUUUCAACCGAUCGCAAAGUCAGAGUUUUCUCUUUUGUGACGGGAAAACUCCUCCGUGUUUAUGACGAAAGUCUCGCUCGUUACUCGGAACAACAACAAACAGCUCAGGCACUGCCCAACAUGGAAUUUGGACGUCGCAUGGCCAACGAACGCGAUUUGGAAAAGUCAAAUUCGCUCCUGAUGAGUAACAUUGUCUUCGAUAUCAGCGGGCACUUUAUCCUUUACCCCACGAUGUUGGGCGUGAAAGUUGUGAAUGUCGAAACGAAUCGUUGCACGAAGAUUUUGGGCAAAGGAGACAACAUUAGACCACUUCAUAUCACGUUGUUCCAAGGCAGGAUCAAAAAAUCGAAGGCUGCGUUGACACUGGAGCACGAGGCGUCGGAUAAUCCGGGAAUUAAUGCGGGUGUGAGUGAUCCAACGUUGUUUACUACGGCUUAUAAGAAACAAAGGUUUUACCUGUACAGUAGGCGGCUUCCGUCAGAUUUACAAGAAGUUGAUCGAGAUGUCUUUAAUGAAAAGCCGUCGAAGGAAGACGUUAUUUCAGCAACUGAUGGUCAAGCAACUCAACGAAUUUACGAAAAUGCCGUCAUCCACACAACCAAGGGUGACAUGCACAUGAAGCUCUUUGGCAAAGAAUGUCCCAAAACUGUCGAAAACUUUUGCGUUCACAGCAAAAACGGGUAUUACAACGGUCACAUUUUCCAUCGUGUCAUCAAAGGUUUCAUGAUACAAACGGGAGAUCCCACGGGAACUGGUAGCGGCGGCACAAGUAUCUGGGGCGAAGAUUUCCAGGACGAAUUUUCGCCAAAUUUGAAGCAUGAUCGUCCUUACACAGUCAGUAUGGCAAAUGCUGGUCCCAAUACGAACGGAAGUCAGUUCUUUAUAACAACGUUGCCAACUCCUUGGUUAGAUAAUAAGCACACAGUUUUCGGACGAGUUCACAAAGGAAUGGAAGUCGUACAAGCCAUCAGCACGAUGAAAACAAACCCAAAAACGGACAAACCGUAUGAAGAUAUCAAAAUUAUUUCAAUUAAUCUGUCGUAAAAGGGAGAUUUCGUAACAUUUUUACAAUAAAAGACACAAAAAUCAUCAUAAAAAGGCCGGCAUGACGUAUUGUAGGUCAACGAACAACUUUUUUUGUACCGAAACAGCUGUUUGUUUGUUCUGUUUAUUUCUCUUCGUUCAUGUUUUUUUUAUUAUUCACAGAAUGAACUCCAUAACAAUAGAAUGAAUUUAACAGAAGUCACUGA